AUAUUUUACACACAUUGAAUUCUCGAACAAAAUUAACAACAAAAAUUUUUCGUUUUCAAAAUUUUUGCAGUAAUUAAAAAAAAAGUAUGAUGUCGCUACGUUUGACCCGCGGUAUAUUAAAGAAUAAUGCAAUUAGAAGUUACAGUCGAGCGCCCUGUGAAAUAAUUGAGAUAUUGGAAUCGGGCUUCGAGACAUUGUCGCAAUCCAAAUCGAAAUCGCUGUUGAAAAAGCAUUUGACCCGAGAGAUUCUCGAUAAGAUCAAGACAAAGGUAACGCCCUCGUACUGCUCGACGCUGUUGGACUGCAUCCAGUCCGGAUUGUGCAAUCACGAUUCGGGCGUUGGCAUCUAUGCGCCCGAUCCGGAGGCAUAUUCGACAUUUUCGGAACUCUUCGAUCCGAUUAUCGAGGACUAUCACAAGGGUUUCAAGAAAGCUGAUAAGCAUCCGGCCACAUGUUUUGGCUACGGUUCCGAUUUUCCCAAUCUCGAUCCGGAGGAGCGAUUCAUUGUGUCGACGCGCGUCCGUUGCGGUCGCUCCCUUAAGGAUUUCCCCUUCAAUCCCUGCCUGACCAAGAAGGACUAUCGCCACCUGGAAUGCAUGAUCACCAAAGUCUUAAAGACGCUAUGCAACGAUCAUGCCGGCAAAUAUUUGCCGCUCAGCUGCAUGGAGCCGGAGCAACAGCAGAAGCUCAUCGACGAACAUCUGCUGUUCAAGGAGGGCGAUCGCUUUCUGCAGGACGCGAACGCGUCGCGCUUCUGGCCGACGGGACGCGGCAUAUUCAUCAACAAGAACCGCACGUUUCUCGUGUGGGUCAACGAGGAGGAUCACAUCCGUGUCAUAUCCAUGGAGAAGGGCGGCGACCUGGGCCGAGUCUACGAGCGCAUGAUCAUCGGCGUCGAGUCGCUGGCGCAUUCGCUCAAAUUCAGCCACGACAAGCGCCUGGGCUAUCUCACCUUCUGUCCCUCCAAUCUGGGCACCACCAUUCGCGCCUCCGUGCACAUCAAGCUGCCCAAUCUGGGCGCCGACAGGGCCAAGCUCGAAGAGCUGGCCAACAAAUACAAUCUGCAGGUGCGCGGCACCGCCGGCGAGCACUCCGAGGCCAAGGGCGGCGUCUAUGACAUCUCCAAUAAGCGGCGCUUGGGCCUCACCGAAUACCAGGUCGUCCUCGAGAUGCACAAGGGCAUCAGCGCCCUGAUCGAUGCCGAGUGCCAGGCGGGCUCUCAAAAAUAAUCAUACCCUUAUUUGUUAUCAAUACUUUUUCCAGCUGCAACUGUCGAUCAUUUUAGCCAGCAUAAUAAAUAGUGUAUAUUAAA